AUGAUCAUCGCCCAUCAUAGCAACGUUCUGCUACAUUGUAUUGUCGCAUGUACGGCUCUCAUUCGAGGCCCAGUUGCAACGGUGGCAGCAAAGGGACCACACCACCCGGGAGGAGAGUUUAGCCGUAAAGCUGGCAAGCAUCACUUGGAUGAACAUCUACAGCAAGAACGGGUACAUCUCGAGGAUGACCUGAAGCGCCUACCGAUCGGAGAACAGAGCCUAACAAACAUGUCGGAGGAUGAGAAAAAUUUCUACUACUUUAAGCUGCACGAUUCCGACAACAACGACAAUCUAGAUGGGUUGGAAAUGCUGCAUGCAGCUACGCAUCAUCAUAGCAACGCUGCUGGGCAGCUGCACGGCAUGGAUCGUACAGCGAAACACUCGCCCGAUGAUGCUUCAUCGUUCUUAGAAGACGAAGAGUUCAAUCACAUCAUUGAGGUAAUCGAUGAUUUCAUCGAAUUUGCUGACGCCGAUAAAAACGGAUUGCUCAACUAUCCGGAAUAUAUCAACGCAAUAAAUCUGAACGAACCAAAGGCACACUCGGAAAGCGGAACUUCUACAGAUGAAGCACAAACGAAUCACCCAGCAAGCAGUGCCGCUCCCAUUACCGAUAGCGCUAGCAGUAAUAUCAAUAGUUCAACUAACUAA